AUGAUUCUGCCGCAAAUUUAUCAAAUAAAUCUCAAAAUGCAACUGCACAUCAGAGGACAGUCGACUCACGUCUUGGACGUUGAGGGACAGGAGACAGUCGGUCAGAUCAAAGAGCGUAUCCGAGCUCUUGCUGAGAUCGGAGCUGAAGAAUUGACCCUGUCUUCAUGUGGAGCCCCUUUAGAAGAUUCAUGUUUAGUGUCUGAGCUAUCAUCUUAUGAGCUAGACCUAACAGUACCACUGCUUGGUGGUAAAGUACACGGUUCCUUAGCUCGUGCUGGUAAGGUCAAGGGUCAGACUCCAAAAGUAGAAAAACAACAAAAGAAGAAGAAGAAGACUGGCCGUGCUAAGCGCAGGAUCCAGUACAACAGAAGGUUCGUCAACGUUGUCCAGACCUUCGGUCGCAGACGUGGACCUAAUUCUAACUCUGUAUAA